AGGGGGGGGGAGGGUGCAGAAGCGCGUGGCAGUGCCAGGCACCGUGAGAGGCAACAGACAGUAGAGGCAACAGCAGGUGAACUGCCUCCCACGGGCUCUACUAAGUAUAUAUAUACUGCAACGUCCUUCAAUAGACUUUCAACCAUGAUGAAGGUCGCGGUCUUGCUCCUGUGUGGCUUGGUUCUGGCGGCCGCUAACACCUCCUGGGAGGAGUUUAAGGCCGAGUAUGACAAAAAGUACAAGAGCACAGAGGAGGAAAGUUACCGCAAGAAAGUGUUCGAGGAAAACUUACAGCACAUCGAAGACAACAACAAGAAGUAUGAGAGAGGAGAGAUCAGCUUUACCAUGAAGAUAAACAAGCUUGGGGACUUGACGGAGGAUGAGGUGAGUGCCAUGAUGAAUGGCCGCAGAGGGACUCAGCGUGGAGCCUUGAGACCUCGGGAUGAGUAGCUGGGAUGCCUCUGAUGAUUUGGUAGACAAGAUCAGCUCUCUUCAUCUACGCUAAACCGUCUUUUCGCCUAUAAACUGUAUUCUGCAGAUGGCUUCCUACAUUUGUAUUCUCAUACUCAAGUGCUAAUUCUUGGGAGACUUUGUUGCUGAUUAUAUGUACCUGAGGUGAAUAAAUUCCUCAGCUGGUAAUAUUUUUAAGAAAUGGAAUAUCUCGGAUAUCUUAAAAAAAAACCUUUUGCUUAAAAAUAAAUUAUAAUUACACAUGGCAGGAAAUUAAGAAGAUGAAAUAAGGAUUUAUAAUUUGUAGCAUCAUUUAAAUAAAAGAGAAAUUGUCCUUAAAUCUUGCUUGAAUGUAACUAGUGUUACUUUAUUUUCUUCCCAAAUUAUUAAUUGUAUAUUCACAUAAUAUGAUAAAAUUUUUAAUAAAUCAUUUGUUUUUCGUA